AUGAAGCCUACUUACACGGUUCAACAGAAGGACACCUGCCGCACCAUUGCCAAGGCAAACAAGGUCACUUACGCUCAGCUUCUCUCUUGGAACCCAACCCUGGAUGUCACUUGCGAAAACUUGAGCCAGCAAAAGGAUGGCAAAAUCUGCAUCAGCAAUCCGCUUGGUAACUUCGCUCUUCCUACCACCUCAAAACCAGUGCCUACUUUGUAUACCACAGAAGCUCCCAUAUCUUCUCCCACUGGACACGGCACCAACGCCCAUUGUGGUAAGUGGUAUAAGGUUGCUCUCGGCGAUGAUUGCUCUGUUAUCGCCACAAACAACACCAUCACGCGAAAGGACUUGCUGUUUCUGAACCAAGAGCUUUUCUCGAAUUGUACCAACCUGCUGGCCGGUGUCUAUUACUGUGUCCAACCUGUCGGUUAUAUCUCUACUUACCCCGGAUACGAUGGCUCCUCCACAAGACCGCCGAUCCAGCCAAUGUCGGCCACGACGCUACCUAAUCCUCCAGCAAAUACCAAUAAGCCCGCCCUAUCGAUGAUUCCUAUUGCCAACGGGACCCGCAAAGAUUGUGUCAAGUAG